ACUUGGAGUGCCCUCGGAGAAUGAAGCUUUUGACCAUGUGUUUUAAGAAGGAGGUGGACGCAUGGGCCCAGAAAGAUGAGAAAUCGAAGGCAUACGUUGGGAACGUAGAACUAGAAAAGGAGUUCACUGAGGACGAGGUUGAGGCGUGUGUGAACAAGCUGAAGUGCCACAAAGCAGCAGGAGCGGAUGGGAUAGUCAACGAGUUCAUGAAGUUUGGGGGGAAGGGGAUGAUCCAGCUGAUGGUACUGCUAUACAAUUGGGUGUGGAAAAACGAGUAUACGCCAAGUAGAUGGAGGGAAGGAGUGGUUGUGAACUUGUUUAAGAAAGGAGACAAGACUGACGACCCAGGAAACCACAGGGGGGUCACACUGUUGAACACAGUAGUAGUGUUCUGUAAGCUGCUGAACGAUAGGAUAGUGGGAGUAUUGGAGAAGGAACAUAGCAUUAGUGAGGGCCAGGCAGGUUUCCGCAAGAAGAGGGGGUGCGUAGACCACGUGUUCACGGUAGGGAGAAUCAUCCAAGGUAGAAAGAGGGCGGGAAAGCCGACGUACUGCUUCUUCCUGGACGUGAAAAAGGCAUACGACACCGUGUGGAGAAAUGGGUUGUGGAAACAACUGUCCAAAUACGGGAUCAAGGGGAAAAUGUGGAGAGUGCUGAAGAAGAUGACAGAGUGUACGAAAAGCGCGGUCAUGCUAGACGGAGAACUGUCAAAAUUCUUCGACAUUGAGCAGGGGGUCCCACAAGGUUGCACGCUGUCCCCAACAUUGUUCCAGGUGUUCAUCAACGAUCUGUUGGAAGUCGUAGAGGCAGUCCGGAAGGGAGUAAAAGUAGGGGACACGGAAACGUCGGUUUCAGGAAUGCUGUUUGCGGAUGAUUUUGUCGGUAUGUCGGACACCCCUGAGGGACUGCAACUGCAAAUUGACGCGGCGAAGAAGUUUACUGAUAAGUGGAGAUUGUCUGCCAACGUUCAGAAGAGUGCCGUCAUGGUAUGCAACGAGAACAAGGAGGAACCAGUAGAACAUAGAUGGAAGUGGGGGAUCGAGGAGAUUGCAGUAGUGGACCAGUACACAUACCUCGGAGUAGAGAUCGCAAAAGACUGCUCGUGGAAUGCACACAUGUCCAAGGUAGCGGAAAAGGGCAAAGCACGAGCAGGGAAGCUGCACCCAAUACUCGCAAACCGGCACCUCGAUACACGCAUCAAAUUGACGGUUUUGAAGAGCGUAAUCGUACCGCCGCUAGAGUACGCCGGAGAAGUAUGGGAAGGAAAUAAGAAGGUAGUGAAAGAACUCGAGGCGGCGCAGAUGAAAGCAGCGAAAACCAUCCUAGGAUGCUCCAGGCGCACAAGUAAUGCAGCCGUGAGGGCAGAAUUGGGGAUCCAAUCCCUACGGUCGGGAAGAGACGCGAGGAAGCUGACCUGGCAGUAUCGCAUGUGCGGGAUGGGAGAGGAGAGGUUGCCGAGAAUUGUAUGGGAGGCGAAGUGGGCAAACAAAAAGAGGGGUAGACAACCCACGGAAUGGGUCAAGGUUGUAGAGGACGUAUGGAAGGGGCUCGACAUCGACGAAGAUGAAACGCUGGAAACGGAGGGUCUACAGGGGUUCAAGGAGAAGAUAUCUGUUGCUUGUGCCGAGAGAGAAGAACAGAAUCUGAGGAAAGAAUCCAAGGAUAAGGAGGGUCUAGAAGUGUACGGAAUGUUGAAGGAAGGAAUAGGGUUCAAGGACUACCUACAUGGACCAAUGGAUGCAGGAACAAAGCUUAAGGUCAAAUUCAGGACCGGGGACAUAGGCCUUCGAGAACGUCGACGAAGACAUAGGACGGUAGACGAGGAAGACGACGAGUUCAAAUGUGAUUGCGGCUUCGAAUGCGAAGACCGUGUUCAUGUAGUCGCGGAAUGUCCGUGGUACAAGAAGGAGAGGGAAGUGUACGUGACUGAGCUGGGAAAAAUAGAUGGAACGUACAGGGAGAUGUUUGAGGCAUGGAAUAGAGAGGAAAGGACGGUAGCUGUAGUGGGGCAUAGGAGGUGGGUUGAAAAGGCGGGAAGGGAUAUCGUUAGGAUCGACAGACUAGGGAAGACAUUUUUGAGCCACCUUUGGCAAAGUAGAAAGGAACGAUCGGUCAUCGGUGAUCGGUCCUGUGGGAACAAUGCUCCGUCCUCUCGAGGACGCGUGGUCAAUGGUCUAACCGCUAAGGCAUGCAGAACAUAAGAGUACGCUCACUCCCCCCU